UAUUUGUUUGUUUUCACCAGACUGCUUCAGAGAGUUUCUAGAUUCCGUGGAGCCAACAGAGAGAAAGGGGAAGUCAACGCAGCAUCUUGGUUUACCAGACCAGUGGAUGAGGCGGAGGCCCCGGGUUACCAUGAUGUUAUAAAGAAUCCCAUGGAUUUCAGCACAAUAAGGAGGAAAUUGGAGGUUGGAAUGUAUGCAAACUUCAGCGAGUUGAAUGAUGACAUGUUGUUGGUUCGAGACAACUGCUACAGCUACAACCCGCCAGGACACGAUGCGCGGAGAGAUUGUGAUGAGGUGUUCGCCUUCUAUCAGAUGGAGUAUGAAAAGACCGUGGAAAAAUGGAACAAGAGUCAGCAGUUGUCACCUUCAAAUAAAAAGAUCAAACUUGACAAGAGCCCUUCAAGAUCAUGAUAGGCAAUUCACAAGUCAAGAACUUUUGUUAACUUGUAAAGACCGUAUAGAGAUUGUGCAUAUUCAGCAAACGUUUCAAGGAAUGGCUUAGUCAAGCUAGACGCUCCUUUUAAAUUUGUAAUGAAAUAAAUAUUACAAUGUGUAUGUAGUGAAAUAAGUUGGAUCAUUUUCUCUUGCGUAAAGAGAGUUGUAACUUCUUGAGCUCUGUCGAUGAGUCAGACAAGUGAUCGAGGUCCUUCCAUGAAGGGUUUAAAUGAAAUGUUUCUUAGGUAAAAAAAAACAACUUUUGUAUAGUCUCCUCUUUCGUAAUGAGUUAUUUUUUUAACGAAGUUAUGAAAAGUAUCAAUAACAUUUCAGUGGAUGAAAGCUAUCAAUGUUAUUAUGACUGUUUAUGUAGAAUGUUUGAUACAGUGAUAAUGUAUUGCAGACUUAGACAUUUUUAAAUUUUCAAAUUUUUAAUUUCCAUCAACACAUUGAAAAAAAUUGUCCUGAAUAAUUUCCCUAGAUGUUACUACACAUCUUUUGUAACUGUUUUUGUCAAAUUAAACUGUUACAAAUAAGUACAAUAUUCAUGUAAAAUAAAAGUAA